CGUAUGAACACAUUGCGCUAUCCUUCACCACACAUUCCCCAUAGCCACAUGCUACUAUUGUUUCAUUGACCCUACUCUUUGCCUUGUUGUAUUCACUAAAUUUCUUGUUUUUGAUUCACAAAAUCUCCCAUACCUUAUCUUCAGUUUCCUGGAUUCUCCUCCAAUCACUUGCUUCUCUCGUGUAUCUUGUUUUGAUUCUAAGCUUUGUUUGCUUACUUGUGUGUCUGUUCAUCACAUCAUCUACAUUUCCCUCCACUGUUUCUCUCUUCUAUAUUUUCCCAAGAUUAUUUUCUCUUUCCUUUUUUUCCUCCCUAUUUUUUUUCUCGGGAAAAAAAGACUUUUUUUCCGGUAUACCCAGAUCUUGUUUAGUUCCAAGCUUUAGGUUGUCAUCGUUUUCUCGAGGUUUUAAACUAUGGGUAUCUCUUGAAUUUGUGAAACAAAGGGAGAAAUAUUGGUUAAAAACUAGUAGCAGUGUAUAGAAUCAAGUUUUACAAAAAAAGAAGUUAAAAAGAAGAUGAAAAUCCAGUGUGAUGUUUGUGAGAGAGCUCCAGCAACAGUGAUAUGUUGUGCAGAUGAGGCUGCACUUUGUGCUAAAUGUGAUAUCGAAGUUCAUGCAGCUAACAAGCUUGCCAGCAAACACCAAAGGCUUCUCCUUCAAUGCCUUUCUAACAAGCUUCCUCCUUGUGAUAUAUGUCAGGAAAAAGCAGCUUUCAUCUUUUGUGUUGAAGACAGAGCUCUUUUCUGCCGGGAUUGCGACGAACCGAUCCAUCCAGCCGGCAGCCUUGCUGCAAACCAUCAAAGGUUCCUCGCCACCGGAAUCCGAGUUGCCUUAAGUUCGAGUUGCAAUAAAAACACUGAAAACAAUGUGUUGGAGCCACCCAACAAGAGUGCACCUCAGACUUCAAUGAAAAUGCCUGCACAUCAACAACACUCGAGCUUUUCAUCUCCAUGGGCUGUUGAUGAUCUGUUAGAACUUUCAGAUAUUCAAUCUCUAAACAAGAAAGAGCACUCUGAGCUUGGAGAGCUUGAAUGGCUAGCAGACAUCGGUCUUUUUGGUGAUCAAUUGCCACAGGAGGCUUUAGCAGCAGCUGAAGUUCCUCAACUUCCGAUAUCGCAAUCAAGCAGUACAAACUUAUACCGACCUACCAAAUAUUCCAUGGCUCUUAAAAAGCCUAGAAUCGAAACCCCGGAUGAAGAUGACGAGUUCUUCACAGUCCCUGAUCUAGGUUGAGUUGGAUAACGAGACUCGUGUGUCAGUAGUUCAACCAAACUAUAGUGUUUCAUAUGUUGAGUACACUUAUGCACGUACUCAUCUUAUCACGCUUUACUAUGUUGCCUUUGUUUUUAAGUAUCCGACAUAUAUUCAAACAUUGAUAUGUUGAUAUAAUCUUUUAUAUACUUUUCAAAUACUUAAAAACCUAUAAAAAAAAGUAUUGCGUUAACCCA